AUAUCUAUGGUUAAGAUAUUAACCAUAGAUAUUUUUUUAUUUAGAUUGUGUUAGUACAUCUAAUUAAUUUUACCAGCAUCACAGGACAUUGACAAAUCAAUAGGUCUUGAAUUUUUUUUAUAGUCCAUUUAUAAUGAAUAAGUGUUCCAGAUUACUUGGCUGGCGUCGUUUAGCUAUAGGAGUAGCCUAUUGUCAAACAAAAGCCUCUAACCCUGAUAAAGUUGAACAACCAAUUGUCAUAGAAUUAAAUCAAAUAGCUGAAGAACUGACCCACAAAUAUUUGUUACAACAAACAUGUACUAUAUCAGUAAACAGUUCUUGUCAAAUGAUUACAAUAGCACUAGUUGCACUCAAUGAAGCAUCACAAAAAUAUAAAAAUGAACUAAUUAAAAGUAUGGACUUAAUGGAACACAAUGAUUUGUUCGAUGAUAAAUCAGAAGAUGAUUUUAUGGAGUCUCGAUAUGAUAUUACAAAUGCAAAAUCGUUUUAUUUGGAUUCUGUUAGUGCUAUGGACUGUGCGUUACAGUUAGGAAGGUCAAAUACGCUUAUGUCUUAUACUGUAGAAGCAAAUACUGUAUUAAAUAGUAUGUCUGAAAAACUUUACUCCGCUGAAAGAGAGUUUCAGUCUUGUAUUGAAGAGAUAAGAAAAUUAGAAGAAAAAUUCACAAAAUUAUUGGCAGACUAUGUAAAAACAUCUAAAAACGAAGAAAGUUUAGUAAAAUAGUAUGAAACAUAAAAUAGUUUAUUUAUUAUUAACAAUUCAAGUGUAAAACAUUUAGUCAAUUCUCCAUUAUUCCUGCAAACUAUUACUGUUGGAAGAU